GUGGGGGUGGGGGUGGCGGGUUGAGCAGUGGUGGUAAUGAUGUUGGAGGGAGAGAGGACGAUGAUGAGGCGAUGUAUGAAGCCAUGCUGGAGAGAUACGUGGUGGGGGUGGAGGGAGCAAGUAGCAGCAGCGUGGAGGGAAUUGGAGGGGAUGGAGACGGGGGAUUGAGGAGCAUGGGUGACGGUGGAAAAGUAGGAGGGAGAGUGGAGGAUGAGAUCAUGUAUGAAGCCAUGCUGGAGAGAUACUUGGUGGGGAUGGGGGCAGAAGGGGAUGCGAUGGCAGUAGAGGCAGAAAGGAGUGUUGUGAGAGUGGGGGGAGGGAGUCAGGAGGCGCCUGAUGCCACGAGGUACAAGGAGGGCGAAGGGCGUCUGGUGGCAGUAGAGGCGAUGGAGCGAAGCAGUGGUGGGGCGGAGGUGAGAGGGCAACAGGGGCAGGGGCAGGGGCAUGAGGAGGAGGAGGAGGAGGAGGGGGAGGAGAGGGGGGGAGGGGAGGAGGAGCAUUUAUUGGUGGUGCUGGGUCAUGAGGACGAUAUUCGGCGGCUGCUGCAGGGGGUGCUGGAUGCGGCCCUGAGGGCCACAGAGGGGGGCGGGUGGGUGCACGUGCACUGGCAGAGGGCGCCGGGUGGGGGCGUGUUGCUGCUGGUGGAGGACAGUGGCGUGGGCGUGCAUUAUCUGUCCGCCAGCCUGGCAUCCUCCUCCUCUACCAACCUGCCACCUGGCAAGCUCUCACGAGCCGCUGAUGCGCUGGCAGCAAUAGAGCUGGCACGGGGAGUGGCAGAGGCGGUGGGAGCAGUGAUGCGGGUGCAAUCGCCGCAUCUGAUCAACGCCCCCAAUGGUUACGGCGGGACACGAGUGGAGCUCUGGUUACCACCUGUGCCUCCUGUGGUGCAGUGAGGUGGGGAGAGGUGUAGCAGAGGGGCGUGGCAGAGGGGCAUGGGUGGGGUGUUCGUUCCGACAAGCAUUUCCAUGCGACAGACGGCCAGGGGGUGUGCUGGCAGCAGAAGAGCUACCACGGGGCAUGGCAGAGACACAUGGAUGGGCAACAAGCAAGCAGACGACCAGCAUCUCAGUGCAGCAGACAGCUGGGUGGUGUGGUGUGUGUGCGGGGAAGGGUUCAUGCCGUUAGGGGUAUUGGCUGGGGAAGGGAGGGAGGAGCAGGAGAGCAGGUGUAAUCAGAGGGAGAAUACGAGACAAGGAUUAUCCUCUGCCUGAUACCAACCCGCACCGCACUGGUCUCUUGCCCAACAAAACAAUGCUCAGCCUGAAAACCUCCCUGGGAGGCAAAAGAAGUGCACGCAAGCGAGUGAGGCAAUCCCGCAUGUGCGCGUGCUCUUUCGCAUGCCGACGUCAACUAGUGGCAGCAGCUCAGCAGCGGCAGCAA